AUGUACAGAGACACAAAAAGAGAAAAGUCCGUGCGAGAGGUCGUAGAGGCCUUGAAGGAGUCCGGGCGGUACGAGAAGAUUGUUUCUGGCGUGAAGAAGGAAAUUGAAAAUGCAACGUCCUCUGCAACUCUUACAGAAAAGUUCGCAAAAGCGUGCGAGAUUAUCCAGUCUCUCCUCACGGAGGAAGACGCAGAGCUAAUCGAGGGAAUUAUCCAUAAAAAUGCAGAAUAG